CGCGAAGCUGGAUCAGACGCGCGCGCGUUUCUGUCAUGCCGCCCCCGCUUGAGGAUGGCUGCGCUCUCGCCAGCGUCUCUGCCCUCGCGGUGACGUUUUCCUCGCGCGGAUCAAAAUGUGUUUUGACACAUGGGGCGGGACAAAUCCCCAUUCUAUAAGCCUUCUCCUGAUUGGUCCGCGUACACAGGAAGUUGUGUCAGGAAGACCUUGACUGACAAGACGGCUGGAGCCGGGACAGUUGCGGUGGUUUUGGCAUUUUGGCAACGAUACUUUGCUUGAGGUUUAUUUUGUUCCUGGAGUGGUGACAUCCCCCCUCUUUGACAAGAAUUAAUGGAUGGAAAUACGGCAGCAGCGCCUGCAGAUUUGCAUGGCAUUCUCAGAUAUGAGAUUUUCUCCAGGCUGAUUACCAAAUUGGAGUCAGCACUCUCAAGAACACCUCUGGACUUUGACUUUCUGGAAUUUACAUGUCGACAAGAACUGUACCUCUUUGAGGCUCUGUCAAGACAUGUUUUUGUCCCCGAUCAAAUUGUAAGGGCUUUACAAGACUUUUUUAGGCUGGUGAUGACACAGAGUUAUGACGCAGACAUUGCCAGUAAUGCUACUGAAACUGUUGCUGGAGAGACAGGGCGUCCCAGGUAUGAUAUUGAUCGAGAAAAACUGACUGAACUUUUGGAAACAAAUCUGCCUGUGGCCUGCAUUGCAAAAUUACUUGGGGUUUCAAGCAGUACAAUAAACAGACGGAUGAGGGAAUUUGGUGUCUCAGCCAGACAGAGCUACUGCACCAUUACAGAUGAGGAGCUUGAUAAUGCAGUCAUGCAGAUCAAAGAUGAAAUGCCCAAUUCAGGAUAUCGGAUGGUCAAAGGGAGGCUGAGGUCUCUGGGGAUCCAUCUCCAGUGGAGGAGAGUGACUGCAUCAAUGCAUAGAGUUGACUCACUUGGAAUUCUUUCUAGACUAACAGGAUUGGGCUGCAUUGUGCGUAGAACUUACUCUGUCAGGGCACCUCUUUCACUCUGGCAUGUGGAUACAAAUCACAAAUUGAUCAGGUACAACAUUGUUCUCUUUGGUGCAGUGGACGGCUACUCCAGGAAGGUGAUGUGCCUCAACGCUGCAACAAAUAACCGUGCACAAACAGCAUUUGCUGCCUUCAAAAAAGCAACAGAAAAACACGGCAUACCAUCUAGGGUCAGAGGUGACCAAGGGGUUGAGAACGUUGAAAUAGCCCAAUACAUGUUUACAGAUUGAACGACUCUGGCGGGAUGUCAGAACAUGUGUUACAUCACAAUAUUACAGCACACUGCACAACCUAGAGACCGAUCACCUUCUUGAUAUAUGCUCCAGGGUGGACCUUUUUGCAGUUCACAUGACCUUCCUUCCUAAAUUGAAGGCAGAUCUGGAGGCCUUUGUGGAAGGCUGGAACAACCAUCCACUCAGGACAGAGGGAAAUCGUACUCCGGAGCAGCUCUGGCAUACUGGAAUGAUGCUUUACCCAAUGGAUCAGCCAGAGAAUCUUGAGGAUAUCCACGAGCCUGACAUUGACUGGGACGUUGCUGCUGAGUAUGGAGAACAUGUGGAUGGUGCGGUAGUAGUUCCUGAAUUUCCAUGUCCACUCAAUGAACAGCAACUGGCAGCGCUGCAGUUGCUGCUUGAAAAUGAAGCUGGGAGUGACACUACAGAACUUUUUCUGCUCUGUCGGGAAUAUGUGGCCACAGCUUUGUCAGGGGCUGUGUAACCUACUAAUGAACAUUGUAUAUUUGGCCUCAACAAUAAAUGAACAUUGUUAUGACCAUGGC